CAUUUUUUGGACUGUCCCUACAAAAUUGUCAGAAGACGUUUGGAGAACGGAGACCAUAUUGAGAGGUAUUCUUUGUGAUUGAUAGCAUCGUCUUUGCAAUAAUUCCUUCCUUCCGCACAAUCUCUUGAACAAAGAAGCAAGCAAACAAAAUGAAAUCUCUCUCUUCGACUAAAAAGCAACGCACCAAUAGACGAUCCUCGCUUUCGACGCCGUCAUCGUCGUUCUCUCGAAAACGACGCACAAAACGUGAACUUUUUUCUAGAAAGAGCAAUACCAGUGGCCUUCAUUUCUUGCUGCGUCUUCCGAUUCUUGAUGUCACGUUUGCAUCGAAAAUAAGUUCUGUUACUUCUAGUGUUUUGUCGGUUGCUUUGUUCUCGGCAUUCAUUGUUCUUUUAUCCCGACAGAACUGCUUCCAUGUACACUACGGAUUGGGUGGUUCUUUGAGUAACUUAGAAUCACUUGGUAUCGAAAAAGGGAACGGUUUUGUUGAUUACCAUUUUACAGGAAGAGGAAAGGUUGUUUAUGACCAAGAGGCACGGGAUAUCUUGAAAGCGAAUCCCGAUAUCAACCUGAGGGAUUUAGAUUUGGGCUUUGUCUUCGAUGCCGACCAGUUUGGUGCGGAUCCAAUGUCUGUUGAACAGAAGGAGAAAUCAACGCGGUUAGCACCAACUCUGACAUCAACAAAGGGGACUCCGAAGUGGUUUGUGGGGAAGCGAAACGAUGAUGCUUUGUUUUAUGUUACGGGGGAACGAAUUCGAAAUGCACUGAAGAAAAUGGAAGAACAAAUGCCACGUCCGAGCAACUAGAUCAAAGAUUUCAUCGCUCAUUCUUCCGAUAAUUUUUGUAGCAGGAUACUUGGGGAUACAGACGUGGGAAAAAGAAUCUGACUUCAUUCAAUAUAGAAAAUUCAACUGCCAGAGUCCUAUUGCUGGAACUAUUGGGUAGUAGUACUACGUUGUAUCUUGAACGCGCCAAUCAAUCAGCCCUCCAUCAAAAUUUUCAGACGAAGGGCAAACUCGCGUAAUACAACAACAAGCAUAGGUGCUAUACUAGUACUAAUAAUGCUACAAUAAUGCC